AUGACAAUACCGCGUCUAGAGCUAAUGGCCAUACUAAUCGGAACGCGAGCAGCGCAAUUUGUCAUGACACAGCUGGAUAUCGUCAAUACAAGGAUAAUUUUAUGGUCGGAUUCUAAAUGUGCUUUACAUUGGAUAAAAAACCAUUCUAACCUAUUACCAAGAUUUGUUCAAAAUCGAGUCGAGGAAAUACGUAAAGCGAAAUUUAUUUUUCGUUAUAUUCCAUCAGCAGAUAACCCUGUAGACGUGGCAACUAGAGGUCUUAAUCCAAAACAACUUAGAAGUUUUACACCAUGGUGGCAUGGACCGUCGUGGCUAGUAAAAGGAGAAAUCAGUUGGCCACAAUGGGAAUACGAAUUUGCCAACAAUGACGAACCAGAAGAAAUCACUAUAUCAGAAGUCUCGCGAAUAUUCAAGGAUCAUAACUUUCAAUUUAUUGAUAGCAAACGUUUUAGCAAAUGGCUAAGACUGUUACGAACAACAGCGUGGAUCCUUAAAUUCAUUCGAUUAACAACUAAAGGCAGAUUAUCAUGGCUACAGUCUGUUUCAAUCGAAAGAAAUCGAUUUACAGCUGAAGAUUACAAAGUGUCAGAAUGGCUGUUAAUUAGACAAGCACAAUCUGAAGGAAUCAAUGACGACGAAAUAAACAAGUGGAAUUUAUUCCACACCGAAGAUGAUAGAUUAUGGAGAUCUACUAGUCGACUCGUGAACUCGGAACUGCCUGAAACUAGCAAAUAUCCUAUCUAUCUCCCUCGACACAACCCAAUAACAGAACUCCUUAUACUACACCAACAUGAAAAUCUAUGUCAUUCAGGUAUCGCCCAUACACUUUCAGAAUUAAGGAGUAGAUUUUGGAUUCCCAAAGGCAGGACUGAAGUAAAGCGAAUAAUAAACAGAUGUCGAAUCUGUAAACGUUGGAACUCCAGAUCGUUUAAAUUACCACCAAUGGCAAGUCUCCCGGAAACUCGUGUCAAUCGAUCUAAAGCCUUCGCACGUGUUGGCGUGGAUUAUUUUGGCCCUCUUUCAAUCAAGAGCAAUAGCGUGUCAACAAAAAGAUCUCUUAUGACACAAGUCAAAGUCUCCAACUUCUUAGCAAAGGGAGGAAUGACUUGGAAAAAUAUUAUACCAAAGGCUCCGUGGCAAGGAGGAAUCUACGAGAGAUUAAUUGGGUUAACGAAAAAUGCGCUAAGAAGAGCCAUUGGCAGAAAAUUCCUAGCGGAAAGGGAAUUGGUAACAUUAAUUGCAGAAGUUGAAGGUAUACUUAAUACCCGACCACUAACUUACGCCAAUUUUGACGAUUGCGUCAUUAUACGUCCAAUUGAUUUUAUUUUGCCUAACGCUUCGCUCCAUCUACCUAUAAAUGAAGUUUAUAGCAGGCAGGAAGAAUUCACCCCUUAUAGACUAGAUACCAGAGAAAAACUCGUGAGACACUGGGAAAGUACCCUUAAAACUCUCAAUGUUUUUUGGGAAAUCUGGAGAACCGAAUAUUUAACUAGCCUCAGAGAACGCACGCAAAGGGAAAUUACCUCAUCCAAAGGAGCACAAAAAAGAACUCCAAGAAAGGGAGAGAUUGUACUCUUAAAUGAAGCGGGAAUUCCAAGAGGAAUGUGGAAAUUAUUACGGAUCAAGGACAUCAAAAUCGAUAAAGACGGUAAAGUUAGGAACGUUCAGGUGGAAACUCCCACUGGGAAACUUCUCGAUCGUCCAAUAAAUGUCUUGUAUCCUCUCGAAGUUAAUGAUGAAGAAAUUCAUCUUAAACCUAAUAAGAAAGAAAAUAUGAAAAUUCCGGAAACCGAACAGAACACUGAGGAGCUCCAGGAACCUAUUGCGAUGCGAACUAGGAGCAAUACAAAACGACAAUCUCGAUUAAAGGAGAACCAAACAACUACCACCGCAACAUCAUCAGAAACCUGUAGAGAUUUACACGAUCAAGGAUAG